CUGCGCUGUGUAAGUGUUCGUAGAAUUUCGGACUUGUAUUCCUUCUCAAAUACAUAGGCACCGAUUCCUUCGGAUCUCUGUGUCUUUCUUUCCAUUGUUGGUUUGCUAUUAAUAGAUACGAAUUUAAUCGCUCGAUAAACUUUCCAUUGAAACUUGCAUUGUACGCGUCAAUGUGCCCUCAAGAUACAUGCAUUUCACCCCAUCACCUCCGACUAAAUUGGGAGCAAACCAAAUCCGGCAACUCUCACCAAACACUUUCGAUUUCUGUGGAUAUUCGUUCUGUGUAUGUGAUCGAUUUAGGUCAGAAAACGAUACUCAGGACCAGCAUUUUGAAGCCGUCUUUACUGCUAUGCGAAGUCGUUGCUUUUGAAGAUGAAGCUGGAGGUGGAGGACCUAGGGCACGACCGACGAGACGAGUUCCAAACAGAUGAUGAAGAAAACCAGGCUGAAAGGGUUUGCGAUAGCCAGAGUGAUACUGAUACUGAUUCUGACGUUUCUGAGACAUCGAGGGUUCGCACAUCGACAUGGCCUCAAAGCUACAAGGAAUCAUUGGACAGAUUAACUAGUGUGACUCCUCCCUCCUUUAGUUUCCUAAGAGGGACUAAUUCAACAGGAAUAAGCACCUCCUUCACUUCACCAAUCAAGAGACGUCAAAGUGAUGAACUUGAUUCUCCCCUUGGUAAACCCCUCAUUUCUGGAACAGCGAUAGAUAGAGAAGAGGAGCCUUACUCAACACUCCCGACAAAUUUAUCAAUAUCUACCCACACAAAGUCAUCUAUCAGUGAUCUGCCACCAUUAUCAGAGCAGUGUUCAUUUUCUCAGGCACUACUUAAUGGAAUCAACGUUCUAUGUGGCAUAGGCCUUCUUACAACUCCUUAUGCAGUCAAAGAAGGAGGGUGGUUGAGCCUCUUACUACUCUUACUCUUUGCUAUCAUUUGUUGCAAUACUGGAAUUUUGUUACAGCGAUGUUUACAAAGCUCUCCUGGACUACGUACUUAUCCAGACAUUGGGCAGGCUGCUUUUGGGGCAUCUGGUGGCCUAGCAAUAUCUAUUAUGUUGUACGUCGAGUUAUAUGCUUCUUGUGUGGAGUUUGUAAUUAUGAUGGCUGAUAACUUGUCAACACUCUUCCCGGACACCAGCUUGACUUUAGCUGGGAUACAUCUUGAUUCUCUUCAAAUCUUUGCCAUCACAGCAACUCUUCUUGUUCUACCAACUGCUUGGCUUCGAGACCUUAGUAUUCUAUCGUACCUUUCAGUUGGAGGAGUAGCUACAUCAAUCCUUGUGGUUUUAUGCUUGUUAUGGGUGGGGGUGGUGGAUAAAGUCGGGUUUCAUCCCAGUGGAACAGCUUUAGAUGUUGUAAACCUUCCUGUCUCACUUGGCAUAUAUGGUUUUGGCUUCUCUGGCCAUUCCGUUUUUCCAAAUAUUUACACUUCCAUGAAAGAACCAUCACAAUUUCCAUCAGUGAUUAUAUCCAGCUUUGCUUUUUGUUUCUUCAUGUACUCUGGAGUGGCAAUUUUCGGAUUUCUGAUGUUUGGUGACUCAAUCAAAUCUCAGUAUACAUUAAACCUGCCGACACAAUUUGUAGCCUCUAAAAUUGCAGUCUGGACAGCAGUUGUGAACCCUAUGACAAAGUAUGCUUUGACAAUAACGCCAAUUGCAUUGAGCUUAGAGGAACUCAUGCCUUCACACCGCCUUAGAUCUUGUGGUGUACGGAUAAUUAUUAGAACAAUUUUAGUAAUUUCUACUCUCAUUGUUGGACUCACAGUUCCCUUUUUUGGAAUUGUGAUGGCGCUAAUCGGAUCUUUACUUGCAAUGAUAGUUGCUGUUAUCUUUCCCUGUGUAUGUUAUCUCAAACUACUGAAAGGAAAGUUAACCAAGUUUCAGAUUGUUACUUGCUAUAGCACUAUCCUUUUGGGGUUUGUGAGUGGUUGCCUUGGCACAUAUUCAGCAGUCAAAAAGCUAGCAGAUAAAUUCAUCUGAUACAAAAGGUCAAGUUCAUGGCAGAAACGUUGAUUGGGAUUCAAGAAUCAGAAAGGAAAAUGACUGAGAAAUUGUUGAAAGUUCUGAGGCUGGUAAGAAUAUUUUAUAGUUCUGUUGUCGUACUAUGAAUAUUCCCCCAUUUUCGUGUCAAAUCUGUGAGGAGAAUAGGAAGAAGGAAACAUGGAAAUUAGAACGAAGAUUAUUUUACAGUGGCAAGGUUACUUCAUUGCAACAUGAGAUUGCAUGAAAUUCGCAUUUUGAUAAGAAUACAGUUUUUCUUUCUCACGUUAUUAAUAUUCACACAACCCUUUAAAUGCUGUGAAAGUAUAUGCUAUUGUUAUUUGUAAUACCUGA